AAAAAAUGGGGAACACUUUAUCUUUAUGGGCAAAAUUUUGUGGAUUGUUAAAUGAUGCUUAUCUUCAUGGAGCUGGGUGAAGUGGAAUUCUCCCCUCCCCACGCUCUUAUGCUCAAGAAAUGGUUGCAGUGAACUCGUUUCUUGACAGUCGAUACUAAUUUGUGCGGUGGAGACUGUAGAUUGGCGAAGAACUCCAGGAAGAUCUUCAUACGAAACCGUGAGAGAUUUCCGAUAUUGUUGUCUGACCGCUUGGUUGGUUGUGGGUAUGGGUUUAGCGGUUCACGGUGGUGGGUUGUUGGUCUACCCUCGAGUAAGAGUUCGUGUGCGUAGGACUGUAGGUUCUUCUCAAUCUGUUUCGCCAUUGCAAGUUUUGGAACAAGUUGAUAAGCAUCUAGAAAAGGGGGACGACAGGCUUGCGCUAUCUCUCGUCAAAGAUUUGCAGGGAAAGCCUGGUGGUCUCCUUGGCUUUGGUGCAGCGAGGCAGAUUCCCCAAAGACUUUAUAGUUUGGAUGAACUAAAAUUGAAUGGCAUAGAUACUCAGUCUCUUCUAUCACCUGCGGAUGCAACACUGGGUUCAAUAGAAAGAGCUCUUCAGCUUGCUGCUGUUUCAGGAGCAUUUUCUGCGUGGGCUGCUUUUGGGUUUACCCAACAACAAAUUCUAUUUUUGUCUCUGGGAUUCUUGUUUCUAUGGUCAGUUGAUGCUGUCUCUUUUAACGGAGGAAUUGGAAGCUUGGUUCUUGAUACAAUUGGUCACACACUCAGUCCAAAGUAUCAUAAUAGGGUCAUUCAACAUGAAGCUGGUCACUUCUUGAUAGCCUACUUGCUUGGAGUACUUCCAAAGGGAUAUUCACUGUCAAGUUUAGAAGCUCUGAGGAAAGAAGGCUCCCUUAAUGUUCAAGCAGGGACAACAUUCGUGGAUUUUGAGUUUCUUGACGAAGUUAAUACGGGUAAAGUGUCUGCAAAGAUGUUGAACAGGUUCUCAUGUAUUGCUCUAGCAGGCGUGGCGACGGAGUACAUCUUAUUUGGAUACUCUGAAGGAGGUCUUGCUGAUAUUGUCCAGUUGGAUGGGUUACUCAAGAGCUUAGGUUUCACACAAAAGAAGGCUGAUUCUCAAGUGAGAUGGGCUGUAUUAAAUACCGUCCUAAUUUUGCGCCGUCAUAAAAAAGUCAGGUCAAAGCUAGCUGAGGUCAUGUCAAUGGGAAGUUCAGUAGGUUUUUGUAUUCAAGCCAUAGAGAAAGCCAUAGAUGCUGCAGACAUUUAGUGGCAAGUGGGUAGCAAUUCAAUGUUGCUGACAAUGCCAAAGAUUUAGAGUCCUUGAAGGUUUUGUCAGGUUCUUUGAUGGCUGUUAAGGAAAGGCUGCUUAUGGAAAUCAAAUUCUUGCCCCACUUCUUGUUCAUGCUGUCAUUUAUUGGUUUUCUAAAUUUUAGUCUAAUCUCAUUUUCCUUGUAGGGAUAUACAGCUUUAAGAACCUGGUUGUAUACAAUGUUAUUGUGGUUGUAAUAACAUUUUAAGGGUUUAUUUGGUUAGAACUUAGAAGUGGGAUGAGUGAAAACUGGGAAAAGUGAUGUAAUUUUCUCACUUCUAAUAUCUACAAAAAGGCCUCAUAAACAUUUCUUCUGUUCAUUUUG